AUGUCGAUGUAUCCUCACAACCCCCGGAUGGGGCCCCCCAACGCUCGCCUGAAUGAGCUCCUCGAGCAGAUUCGUUCUGAAUUUGACACUCACAUUCGGGCGAGCGAGAGCUAUGAGCAUCAAAUCAAUGCUCAAGUCAACGAGAUGCAAUUAGUCCGCGAAAAGGUGUACGCCAUGGAGCAGACUCAUAUGACGCUGAAGCAAAAGUACGAGGAAGAAAUCCAGAUGCUUCGCCGGCAACUCGACGCCGCCCGCGGAGGAGCCCCUCAGGGUGCCAUGAAUGCCCACCCACAACAUCCUGGCCCGAGCCAGCAGCCUCCUGUCCUCGCACCCGGUGGCAAUCUCUUUAAUGGCGCCAUGACGGGAACUGGACAGGGCGGUCUCGCUCCUCCUCCCGCGCCUCCAGCCCAGCCCGAGCAGAUGGGGCCCCAUAGCCAGAUCGGCCAAGGACCUCCGCCCCCAGGUGGCCUCCCCCCCGUACCUCCGCCUCCCGGUCCCUCCCAGCAGCCACCAUUCCAACAAGGCUACCCCCAGGGCCCCGUCUCGAAUGGCAUCGGCCCUCAACCCCCGCAGAGCACCGCCUCGCCUCCCGGUAGGCGACCUAUCGGCCGUCCCCCGGCGGCUGUCGGUCCUGCUACGCCACAGAUUAACACGCCUAUUCCCUACCCUGGAGCCGCGCAGUCUCCUCAAGUCAGCCACCCUUCGGCUGAGCCACCCCGUAGCAUGAACCAUCAUGCCCAGCCUGGCAGUGUGCUGAGCGAACUCAACAUUGAUCAGAUCCCCGCCCACUAUAAAAAGGCCGGAGACGAUUGGAUCUGCGUCUUUAACCAGCACGUACCUCGCGUCCUCGAUAUUGACCUCGUCCACACCCUUCAACAUCAGAGUGUAGUCUGCUGCGUCCGAUUCAGCCACGAUGGCAAGUACGUCGCGACCGGAUGUAACCGCUCGGCUCAGAUCUACGAUGUCCAGACUGGCGAGAAGCUCUGCGUCCUCCAGGACGACUCAGCCGAUAUGGGCGGCGAUCUCUACAUUCGCAGUGUCUGCUUCAGUCCCGACGGCAGGUACCUUGCUACCGGUGCCGAAGACAAAUUGAUCAGGGUCUGGGAUAUUCACCAGAAGCAGAUUCGCAACACCUUCUCGGGUCACGAGCAAGACAUUUAUUCGCUGGACUUCGCUCGCGACGGACGCACCAUCGCCUCCGGCAGUGGCGACCGCACUGUCCGCCUUUGGGAUAUCGAGCAAGGCACUCACAUCCUCACCUUGACCAUUGAGGAUGGCGUCACGACCGUUGCCAUCUCCCCCGACACUAAGUACGUCGCCGCCGGCUCGCUCGACAAGAGCGUCAGGGUUUGGGACCUCCACCAAGGCUAUCUCUUGGAAAGGCUCGAGGGCCCUGACGGUCACAAGGACAGCGUGUACUCGGUCGCCUUCUCGCCCAACGGCAAGGACCUUGUCAGCGGUAGUUUGGACAAGACCAUCAAGAUGUGGGAGCUCAGCACCCCUCGCGGCCUUCCCAACGGUCCCAAGGGCGGACGUUGCGUUAAGACGUUCGAGGGCCACAAGGACUUUGUCCUGUCGGUCGCUCUCACGCCAGACAACCAAUGGGUCAUGUCGGGUUCGAAGGAUCGCGGCGUCCAGUUCUGGGAUCCCAGGACUGGCCUGACCCAGCUUAUGCUUCAGGGUCACAAGAACUCGGUCAUCUCUGUUGCGCCGAGCCCCACUGGUGGCUACUUCGCUACGGGUUCGGGAGACAUGAAGGCCCGCAUCUGGUCGUACCGCCCUCUCUCGUAA